CACUUAGCGACGAUAGGCAGCGCCAACGUUACCAGUAGUUUCACACCACGAAGAAGAAAUUUAGCAAAACACGGAAGAACUAGUUAGCAACAUGAGCUAACAGUAACGUAAUGCAUUAAAACCACCACUAUAAUGACGUAAAUCGUUAAUUUUUUUCCCGUGGAAGCAUCUAGUUAACUUCACAAUGUUUGGAAAGUCUUACCAGCUUCUUCCCCAGACUGACCCGGCCGCACCACGGACUCCUGGACUAUUUGUAUCCAACACUUUCACACAAGGAAGCCACCAUAAAGGACUUUCCUUUGAUUACAUCCCUAAUGUUUCUGAAAACGACUUUAGUGAUAGCUCCCAGGGAUGGCUGUCUUGGAUUUGCAAUCGAAUCGUCACCCUCCUCGUUCACAUCUGCACUUUUAUAACCUUUCCUAUAACCGCAUGGUUUGUAUUAAAAACCGUGCCAAACUAUCAGAGGAUAGUGGUGUUUCGCCUGGGUCGUGUCUGUCCUCCAAAGGGUCCUGGCAUUGUGCUGGUUCUGCCCCUCAUUGACCAGUGGCAGAGGGUUGACCUACGCACCCGUGCUUUCAAUAUACCUCCAUGUCAGGUACAGACCAGAGAUGGUGGCCUCUUCUCUGUGGGAGCAGACAUUCAAUUUAGAAUCUGGAACCCGGUGUUGUCAGUGGUGUCAGUCCAAGACUUGAACGCUUCAACCAGGAUGACGGCACAGAAUGCUUUAACUCACAGCCUGGCUAAGAAGACGGUCAGAGAGAUCCAAACUGAAAGAGUGAAACUGGGAGAAUACCUUGGCGUGGAUAUAAAUGAAAUGACUCGGCCCUGGGGGCUGGAGAUAGACAGGGUAGAACUGACUCCAGGUUCUCUUCUCAAGCCCCCUGAAGAAACACCACCUGGGUCUCUUGUUGUUCCUCCAUCUGUGCCCGGACUGGAGGGAAUCACAGGUCCCCUUCAGCAGCUGGCCAUGCACUUUAUGAACCACAGCUUGCAGCCUCAGCAAGAAAGCAGUGUAGCAUUUUUAAACGAGCAGAGUGGCAUCGAACCAACUGUGACCACACUAAGUUCUGUUGAAGAGCUGCUCCACGCGGUCCAGCUUGUGCUUUCUGAAACUUUGGUGAACCAGAUCGGCACCUGCUUCCAGUUUGAUGUCAGCUCAGGCGAGGGACAGCAUCGCAGUUACUAUGUGGAUUUAUGCCAAGGUCGUGGUGCAGCCGGAGCUGGAUCCCUGUACAGACAGCCAGAUGUAACACUGACAAUGUGCGACGAAGACCUUCUGGCCAUGUUCCAAGGAAGACUGCAGCCGUUUGCUGCCUACAGCAGCGGUAGACUUCAAAUUCAGGGGGAUAUUAAGUCAGCUCUGAAGUUGGAGGAGCUCAUAAAGCUGCUUAGGAAAUAACAUUUUCACAAAUUGUUUUGUAUUUCAACUUGAUGGAAAUGCACAAUUUUAUAUUGCAUGCACUGUUAAUUUAUUAUAAAUUAAUUCCUCCUAAA